AUGUCUGGUGGAUCUGGCUCGGGUUCUGAGUCUGCUUUUUCUUCGACCUCGCUGAUGAUGGCUCCUGUAGCUACGGCUGUGGACUCGUCUGCACCGGUUUCAAUGCCGAAUCAAGCUCAAAGUCAACAGACUCGAAUGCAGACAAAUCAGAAACGACCGAGCAAUUCGUCGGGUCAGGCACAUAACGGUCUGUCCCAGUCUCCUUCUCCUCCACUAAUAUCCUCGUCAUUAACAUCAACAUCCUCCUCCUCUUCUUCGUCGUCAUCUUCAUUGUCAUCACAUUUGCAUUCGCAAUCUUCAUCGCCAUCUUCAUCGCCAUUACCAGUACAAACGGUACCCUCUAGAGGCCAAAAACCUUCUUCUCAUUCCGCCUCGUCGUCUAUUGCAUCUGCUUCUUCGCUGCCUGAAAUUAGCACUUCUCCAGAAAAGGCAACUACUGCUCCUUCUACUCCCGUAACGGCACCUGCAUCGUCCAGACCUGUCAGUCUGUAUGCCAGUAGCGGUUUUUAUGGCACCUCAGGCUCAGCACACACUUCUAAUUCUACUUCUGCUACUGGUGCUGGUGGUACUGCUGGUGGUAUUCCGAGUUCCUCUUCUUUGCUGAAAAAUGCUCCUCCAUUGAGACCUCCUCAGCCUAGUUUAUCCGAUUUAAUCAUGAGUGAAGCAGCAUCUGCUUCUGGUGGGGGUCCGUCUAUCGAUCUUCCUAUUCCUGGUCAACAAUAUUAUCAUUCUCGAUCGCAAUCACAUUCAUACCACUCAACACCACAGUCGUUGCGAUGUCCUUCCCCUAAUUCAAUCAAAAGAUCCAGUUGGUAUGGAAUGCCCACUGUCGACGACUAUCCAGGUCUCAACGGGGUACCUCCAACUGGUGCUAAUACUAGCAUGACAACUCCUUCUACCAUUAUCUCACCUCCAUCUCCCACUUUAGAAGCAAGACUACCAAUGUCUCCUCCCCCCAGAAGCAUAUCUCCCAUGAGACCCAUGUCCUAUCAUCAGAAACAACAGGCUAAUAAUACUAAUCAGCCAUUUAAUUUCGUGUCGACAACCCUGUCUCCAUCUCCAGUGUCGUCCACGUUGUCACCAUCUCCAGCAAAGGCCAAUCAACGUCGUGGACAUCGAUAUAAACAUUCGUCGGUCUCAAUCAACUUUUUUCAAGAACCACCUGCUCGUGCUCCAUUAGCCAUUCCGGCCUCAUUACCAAUUCCUAAUUUCACUGAAUGGAGACAGAGUAUGUCGCGAGAACAGCAGAUCCGACUGGCUUGGACUGUAUGCCAUAUUUCCGCGGCAGUUUUAGUAUACAAUUGCGAUGCUCCGUUUAGCGCCCUGGCUGCAUUGUCGCAUUUACUUUUGUACGAUGCUAUGGGAGCCAUUCUGUGUGUUGCUGUAGAUGUACUGGGAAAUUUCGAUGUGUGGAAACAGAGCAGUAUCCAUCUUCCGUUUGGAUUGGAACGAAUCGAGGUGCUAGCUGGCUUUGCACUGUCUGUAACGCUGAUAUUCAUGGGUGGUGAUAUUAUGUCGCAUGUUGUUCAAGAACUCGUUCAAUCUCUAUACGCACCUGGUCAACAUGGCCAUUCUCAUGGCCGAGCUGUUCAUAGCCAUGUUGCAGGUAUGACGAUGGAAGACGAGCAUGAAGAAGCUCUCAACUGGGCUUCGGUUGUGUUUCGAGUCAUGUUGGGUAUUGUAGCUACUGUUGUGUCUACUGUAGGGCUCAAGAACCAUUCCCGAAUCAGUCGUACCAUGAACCGUGACCGCGAUCGUGAUCGCGAGACUGACUCGACCAGUUUCAAGUGGAUGCCGUCGAUGUUGUCAAAUCCCACUCAUUUAAUGACUCUGACCUUUUCAGUGGCCAUUCUGUUCUUCCCGUUGUUGGGAUCGUCUGGUUACGUUAUUGUUGAUGCGCUUCUGACGCCUGUUAUUGCUACGUCCAUGUGCUAUAUUGGCUGGUUACAUGCCAAAGCACUUGCUGGUAUGCUAGUCAUGAGCUACUCGGGUCACGACCGCAUCGAAGACAUCGACGAGCAAAUCAGUCAGGACCCCCUGGUCCAGUCAGUCUCAGAAAUCAGCCUCUGGCAGGUGCACCACGAACUCUGGCUGGCCAGCAUGAAAAUCGUCAUGUCCGGAACUGACGACGACGAACGCCGGCUUCGCGAACGCGCCUCGUCCAUCGUCCGAUCCACCAUGGGAGCCGACGACCACUGCCGCUGGGAAACAACCGUCGACAUCACUAGAACUACCUUAGAAUAA